ACUGCAGCUCCAGUUGAACCCUGCUGAUCUUCUCCUGCUCCUGAGCUCUUCUUCUUCUUCUUCUUCUUCUUCAUCAUCAUGCCUCUCCAGCUGGGUGAAGCUCUCCUGCUCCUCCUGUUUCUCCACAGCUCCGUGUCUGACUUCUACUUUCCAGAUACACAGCAAGAACACUCGGUCAGAUCACACGGCGACUUUUCCGUUGUUCAUCCCGAGAAAGUGGACGGAGACGGUCGCUUCAUCUCGCACACGCUGUCACAUCAUUUUGCGAGCAGCAGGCGGCGACGGCGUGAGGCAGACGUACACGACAUCAAGCGAGUUUAUUACAAACUGAACUUCAGUGGACGAGAUUUAACCCUCAACCUCACCAUCAACAACAACCUUCUGUCACAUGGGUACGUGUUAGAGCAGAGAACGAAGAACAGGAGUGAAAAUGGACGGGUGGUUCACAGGGAAAACGAGUGUCACCUCAUCGGCACGGUAACGGACGGAGACGUGGAGGGAACCGCCGCCCUGAGCAGCUGUAAUGGCCUGACAGGCAUGCUCUCUCUCCCUACCGGAGUGUUCCUGAUUGAACCUGUGCGAGGUCACGCACCGACACUCACACACCCUCAGCAGCCACACGUGAUCUACCGUAACUCUGCGUGGCUGAGCAUCCGAUCCCGCCGCAGCACACACACACAGCGUGACCUCCACACCGCCUGCGGGGUCAAAGACAGUCCACAGCACUCUAUGCAGAUAGAACAUGAAAGGGAGCUUUGGGAACGACAGCAGCGAGGUCCGGGCCGAGUGCUGAGUCGGCGUUCAGUGAGUACGGAGCGCUGGGUGGAGACGAUGGUGGUGGCCGACUCCAAAAUGCUGCAGUACCACGGCAACAACAACGUGGAGAGCUACAUCUUCACCGUCAUGAACAUGGUGGCAGGCAUUUACCACGAUGCCAGCAUUGGUAAUGCGAUCCACAUCGUUCUUGUGCGACUCAUCCUGCUGCAGUCAGAGGAGAAAGGUCUGAAGAUCGUCCAUCAUGCGGAUUCGACUCUGACCAGUUUCUGUAGCUGGCAGAAGAACCUGAACCCUCAGAGUGACACACACCCUGCACACCACGACGUCGCUGUGCUCAUAACAAGGAAGGACAUCUGUGCAGGUAAGAAUCAGCCGUGUGAGACGCUCGGACUCUCUCACCUGUCUGGAAUGUGCCAACCUCAUCGCUCCUGCAACAUCAACGAGGACUCAGGACUUCCUGUCGCCUUCACCAUCGCACACGAGCUCGGACACAGUUUCGGGAUUCAGCAUGAUGGUCAGGGGAAUGACUGUGAGCUGGUGGGUCGUGCCCCCUUCAUCAUGUCUCGUCAGCUUCAGUACGACUCGUCACCUCUCACCUGGUCCACCUGCAGCAAGCAGUACAUCACACACUUCCUCGAUCGUGGUUGGGGUUUUUGUUUAGAUGAUCGUCCGUCUAAGAAGGACAUGACGACGGCUCUGGUUGCCCCGGGGGUGAGGUACACUCGGCAGCACCAGUGUCAGAUGCAGUACGGACCCAACGCCACUCUCUGUCCUGAAACUGAUAACGUGUGUCAGAUCCUGUGGUGCUCGGUGGACAGUUCCUGUCGCUCCAAACUGGACGCACCCAUAGACGGAACCAGGUGUGGCCCGGGGAAGUGGUGUAUCUCAGGCGAGUGUGUGGUGGUGGGGAAGUUACCUGAGACGGUGAAUGGUGGGUGGGGCCAGUGGAGCACCUGGUCUCACUGCUCGCGCACCUGUGGCUCCGGCGUCCAAUCAGCAGACAGAGAGUGUGACAAGCCGAAGCCAGCGUUCGGAGGGAAGUACUGUACAGGUGAGCGUAAGCGCUACAGGAUGUGUAACACGGUGCCGUGUGUUAAGAAGAAGCCGUCGUUUCGAGACAUGCAGUGCAGCGAGUUUGAUACGGUUCCGUACCACAACCAGCUGUACCAGUGGAUCCCCAUCAUCAGACACACUCAUCCGUGUGAGCUGCAGUGCAGGCCUGUGAGUGAGGAUUUCUCCGAGAGGAUGUUGGACGCAGUGACUGACGGAACUCCGUGUUUCUCCAACGGUAGCCGGAGCGUCUGCAUCAAUGGUGUGUGCAAGGAGGUAGGCUGUGAUUAUGCAAUAAACUCCAAGGCGGUGGAGGAUCGGUGUGGUGUGUGUCUGGGUGACGGCUCCAGCUGUGAGACACUGAAUGACACUUACACACAGAGAGAAGGAUACGGUUACACAGACAUGGUGCUGAUUCCUGAGGGAGCGAGGGAUAUAGUGAUACAGGAAGUGGAGGAGGCGGCGAACUUCCUGGCCGUGCGAGCAGCACACUCUGAUAAAUAUUACCUUAACGGCAACUACAUCAUCCAAUGGAACGGUGAGUACCAGGUGGGCGGAGUCAAGUUCUACUACGAACGCAGUGGCAAUCUGGAGAACCUCACAUCACCUGGGCCUACAAAAGAACCCAUUAUAGUGCAGCUGCUGUUUCAGGAGACGAACCCCGGCGUGCGGUACGAGUUCAUCAUGAAGAAGAACAGCUCAGUGGAUAACGACCUGCUGGAUCCUCAGUACCGCUGGAAAUUCGGAGCCUGGACUGACUGCAGCACCACCUGUGGACAAGGUGAGCAGCAGCAGCCAGUGCGGUGUUUUAGAGCUGGUGUUGGAGUGGUGGAUGAGGAGCUGUGUGAUCCGAACACUCGUCCUGACGACAGACAUCGCCACUGUAAGAACAUGGACUGUCCUGCCAGGUGGUGGGUGGGCGGAUGGCAGUCGUGUUCAGCCUCCUGCGGUUCUGAUGGAAUAAGGAAGCGCACAGUUCUGUGUGUUAGAACCGUGGCUGGAGAGGAGAGAGUGCUGCACCCCGGAGACUGCAGGAAACUCCCGAAACCCAAAGCGGCUAUGGCCUGCAACCGGAACGUGACCUGUGGCUCGGCCUGGGCUGUGGGGAACUGGAGCGAGUGUUCUCUGACCUGUGGUGGAGGAGUGAAAUCUCGUAGCGUCAAGUGUGUAAUAGAACCCCAAAUCCUCUGUGACCCCGUGACCCGACCUCGAUCCACAACCUUCUGCAACCUCCAGAGCUGCUCCAGAUCCCGACCACAACCUCCGACCCCGACUCCGGGUCACGACCCUGACGACUUCACGUCUAAUCCCACGCCCACAUCGUACACACCCGCUGUGAGCACAUCACACACUCCGACUCCGAGUGUGUUACACGAAGACGAUCAGGAUUUCAUCUUGGUUAAUAAGAGCAGUGUAGAAGACGACACACACACGGGUGAGGAUGAGGACGAGGAUGAGGAUGAGGAUGAGGACGAGGAUGAGGAGGGCAGCACGGACCUGCAGCAGCCCCCUGACGGAUCACUGUACACACCGGGCUACGACUACAUCAUGGAGGACGAGAGAGAGGACGUGUUCACCGUUCACACACCUGUCAGCACUAUACACACGCCUCAGACCACGAUACAACCAGACGACACAACAACUACACACACACUCAUUACUACAGCAAAACCAGCCAGGACAAGAACAAUCACACACACACUUGUGACCACGACUAAACCACUGACCACUAAAGCACCUACACACACAAUCACACACACGAGAACCUCCAAAAACUCACAUACACACAAGCAGAAGAUCCUGAAGGUCCAAGUGAGAUCACACAGCCCCACACAAACACACCCCGUGAUUAAGAAGAAAAAACACACACCCAGAAACCCCAGCAGAUCCAAAGUGAUGAAAACAGGAAGUGGCAAGAGCACAGUGGCAUUCUGGGUCGUGGGCAACUGGAGUGAGUGUUCUACCUCCUGUGGUCUGGGAGCAGUGUGGAGAUCAGUAGUGUGUAGUUCUGCUCGGGAUUCUGACUGCAGCAGCACAGCGAAACCAGAACCUGCAAAACACUGUAACCUUCAGCCCUGUGCUGUAUGGAGAAAGUGUGUUGAGGGCUGUGGUAGUGGUAUGAAGUACAGGGAUGUGCAGUGUGUGGAUUCUCAGAGCGGCCGAGUGUUGAGACCUUUUCACUGCUCAGACCAGCCAUCACCUCCUACACUGCAGUGGAAACACACACGCUGGGGACAGUGUUCUCAGAGUUGUGGAGGUGGAGUGAUGGAGCGCUCUGUGUUUUGUCCAGAGCCUGAACGCUGUAACGCGAGUCUCAGACCUGAAAGCUCCGCCCCCUGUAACCUCCAGCCGUGUGUGGCGUGGGCUACCGAACCCUGGCAGCAGUGUUCAAAGAGCUGUGGUGGAGGUGUACAGAAGCGAGUGAUCAGGUGUGUGAGUGAGGGAUCAGGAGAGGAGGUGAAAAGCUCACUGUGUCUGAAAAACGACAAACCUGAGAGUUUACGCUCGUGUGGUGAGGAGGAGUGCAGACCUGAGCGAGGUGUGUCAGCGUGUAAGAGAGACAGCAUGUCCACUCGCUUCUGCUCCACGCUGAAGCUGCUCGGUCGCUGCGUCCUGAACUCCGUCCGUAAACAGUGCUGCCUCACCUGUGCGAUGUAACACCGCCCAGAGGUCAGAGGUCAAAGUUCAGAGGUCACGCUGGAUCAUCCUCAGCACCCAGACUGAAAAAUACUGGACCAUAGACACACAGACAUGUUAUUUACUUGAAGCUCGUGUGUUUGUUUGUGUAUGUGUUUUUAAAAACUGCAACCUGGAGCACAGGGAAUCAUCGACACCUUACAGCACAAGUGUGAGCUUUUUAAAUCGUUUAAUAUAUUAUUUUUUAUACUAAGCAGCCCAAAACUAAAAUCCAGCUUCACCAUUAAACAGGUGAUGAAGCUGCGUCAGAGUGUUCAAAUAUUUCUCCAAAUCUUUCUCCCAGUCGGAGGAGCUGCUGAAGCAACACGUGCAAUAAUCCCACUGAUAAACCCGAACCUAAUAACGAAGAGUUAAACACUACCUGAUAUUAAUGCCACUUUAAACCCUCAGAAUGAAGAGAAAAAGUAAAAGUGUGUAACUGUGAAUCAACACACUGUUCUGUCCAUCAGCUACGGCGGUGCUUUAUCAUCACGUACUGUGUGUUUUUAAAACCAAACCGUUAUUUCUCUCGAGGUGCUUUUUAACAAAAAACUCUACUCUGGUGCUUUUUUACCAAAAUACAUUUAGACAUUACAUUUCUUAAAUACAGUGUGUUUAAUAAUCACUGCAAUAAUCUGCUCAUUUCCACAUAGUAGAUGAAAGAGUGUGUGUGUGUGUGUGUGUGUGUGUACAUGAAUCCUGUGGUGCUGUUAGUGCUCUUAGUUCACUAGGUCUCUUUAGCGUGUUCAUUAGAUGUUAUUAGACGAGCUUACAGGGUGUGUGAGAUGGUGUAGAGUUCAUUAAGCAUCACUAAAGAGUUUAUUACACAUCGUUAGUGUGUGUGUUCGUGUGUUAAUGAGUGAGGAUGAGGUGUUGCAGGUCAUCCCUCUCUGGCCUACAAUAAGGCCUUAACCUUUUCAUCCUGAAUCUUUUGUAAUGAAUCUUUCAUACUGAAUCUUUUAUAAUGAAUCUUUCAUCCUGAAUCUUUUAUAAUGAAUCUUUUUUCAUUUCAUAUUGAAUCUUUCAUCCUGAAUCUUUUAUAAUGAAUCUUCUUUUUACUGAAUCUUUAUAAUGAAUCUUUCAUCCUGAAUCUUUCAUCCUGAAUCUUUUAUUCUGAAUCUUAUUUUUACUGAAUCUUUAUAAUGAAUCUUUCAUCCUGAAUCUUUCAUCCUGAAUCUUUUUUCAUUUCAUAUUGAAUCUUUCAUUCUUAAUUUUUAUAAUGAAUCUUUCAUUCUUAAUUUUUAUAAUGAAUCUUUUUUCAUUCAUAUCGAAUCUUUCAUCCUAAAUCUUUUAUACUGAAUCUUCUUUUUACUGAAUCUUUCAUAGUGAAUCAUUUGUUCUGAAUCUCUUUUUGCUUUACACUGAGUCUUUCUUGCUGAAUUGUUCACAGUAAAUCUAUCAUGUUGAAUCUUUAUGGCUCUGUGGUUCAUGUGUACAUUAAUGUAUAUUAAUAAAUGCUGUGAUGAGAAGAGUGUGUUGUUUAUUGUUAAAGUGUUGACUGGGACAGGUUUCUCUGUGAGUCAGUGACGUGGUGCAGUAAUAAACCUCUCUUUCAGCGUGUGUAUAACGGUGUCUUGUUGUUCACUGUGUUGAGGUUUGAGCAAUGUUCUGACGUCACACACGCUCGGCUUCUUCUCUGAUAAACCACCGCCUGGAGCUGUCAUGCUUAUUAACUAUAAACUGUAAAGUAUAUAGGACAUGUUGUUCUGUGAAAAGUAAAGAAUUGUAAUUUGCUGUGGUAUAAGAGGAAUAAAACACUUGGGGACAUGCUGUUAGCAGAAAAUAAUCAACUACAACAUAGCAACAGUAACUCUGCUUCAUCACACCACCCUGUUGUGGAUUAUUCUCACAUGUGCAUCAGUUAUAUAAUGGAGGAUAUGGAAAGACGUGUGUG